AUGGCAGCGGUGGAGGAAGCUGAUGCCGUCGCCGGCGGCGGCCGCGGCCGCGGGCGCCUCCAGAACUUCACUCUGUAUGCGGCUCGAUCGAUGUUUUUUGUAGUCGGAAGCGAUGAAAGCAGGAAACAGUGGAGAGUUCUGAAGAUUGAUAGGUCGCAACCUUCUGAGUUGAACAUCUAUGAGGAUCCCAUCACAUACUCGAAAAGUGACUGCAAAUGUUUGCUGGAGCAAUUAGAUCAUGAGAACAAUGUAACUGGUGGACUCAACAAGAUCACUGUGUGCUAUGGGAUUGUUGGGUUUGUCAAGUUCUUGGGCCCUUACUACAUGUUGCUCAUCACUGGGAGGAAGAAGAUUGGUGCCAUCUGUGGCCAUGCCAUCUAUGCUGUCACCAGAAGCCAAAUGAUUUCACUUUCAGAUUCUGCUCAAAGCUCCUACCUGCCCUUUGUUGGGGCUGAAUACAGAUACAAGAGGCUGUUACGUGCAGUGGAUCUGACAAAGGACUUCUUCUUCAGUUACUCCUACAACAUAAUGUGCAGUCUUCAGAAGAACAUGUGUGAUGGUGUGCCAGAGGAAGCUCUAUAUGAGACCAUGUUCGUCUGGAACGAGUUCUUGAGUUGCGGUAUCCGCAAUCAUCUCAAGAACACCGCGUGGACUGUUGCAUUGGUACAUGGAUCUUUCAAGCAGGGCAAACUUUCUCAUGCCGGCAAAGAUUUCACAUUCACUCUCAUUGCCCGACGAUCUCGACAUUUUGCUGGCACCAGGUACCUGAGACGCGGUGUCGACGAGAAAGGAAGAGUGGCUAAUGAUGUUGAGACGGAACAAAUUGUAUUCUGCGAUCAACCCGAUGAGAUUUCCAGAGAAAUAACAUCUGUUGUGCAGAACAGAGGAUCCAUACCUCUGUUCUGGUCUCAGGGAACUCGAAGACUAGGAUUUAAGCCCGAUAUCAUCUGUAAGUUGCAGUGA